AUGCUAGUACAUGGGAAGGAAGACUUAAUCUCAGACGUAGCGUACAUCGUCCUGGAACUGGUCAUUGCGGUGCUGGCCGUCCUGGGGAACAUCCUGGUCUGCUGGGCGGUCUACCUGAAUAGCAACUUGCAGAACGUCACCAAUUACUUCGUGGUGUCCCUGGCUGCCGCUGACAUUGCCGUGGGUGUGCUGGCAAUCCCCUUUGCCAUCACCAUCAGCACUGGCUUCUGUGCCUUCUUCUAUGGCUGCCUUUUCAUUGCCUGCUUCGUCCUGGUCUUGACUCAGAGUUCGAUCUUCAGCCUCCUGGCUAUUGCCAUUGACAGGAUCAUUGCGAUCCGCAUUCCCCUCAGGUACAAUGGCUUGGUGACUGGCUCUCGAGCUAAAGGUAUCAUUGCCAUCUGCUGGGUAUUAUCUUUCAUCAUCGGCUUGACACCAAUGCUAGGCUGGCACAAACGCUCGCAGAUCGAAGAGCUGGGUUCCAACAAGUCCUCUCCCAUCAACUGCAGCAACAGCAUGGUGGUUUGUCUCUUUGAGGGUGUGGUCACCAUGGAGUACAUGGUCUACUACAACUUCUUUGCCUGUGUGCUUUUGCCCCUCCUCCUCAUGUUUGGUAUCUACUUGAAAAUCUUCAUGGCAGCCCGACGCCAGCUCAAGCAGAUGGAGAACAAGAUGGUACACGGGGAACGUUCUCGCUCCACCUUGCAGAAGGAAGUCCAUGCAGCUAAGUCUUUAGCCAUUAUUGUUGGGUUGUUUGCAGUCUGCUGGCUUCCACUACAUAUUAUUAACUGCUUUACCCUUUUUUGCCCAAGUUGUGCACGUGCUCCUCUCUGGCUGAUGUAUCUAGCUAUUAUCCUGUCUCACACCAACUCAGUUGUAAAUCCUCUGAUUUACGCGUACCGAAUCAGGGAGUUCCGCUACACCUUCCGCAAGAUCAUCAGCCAGCACAUCCUGGGCCGCAAGGAGCCCUUCAAGGCAGGAGCAGCCAGCUCCAGGACUUCCACCCACGGCGGGGACGCAGAGAACGCCAGCAUACGGAUCAGCCAGUACGCACUGGAGGUGUACACCAACGGGGAGAUCCACAGGGAUCCUGAAAAGCAGGACCUAAACAAAUGCAAAGCUGCCUUGGAGUGGCAUAAGAACGGAAAUGCUCUGGACAUGGACACAAAUGGGCAUCUCCCACAUUCCUGCAAAAAUGGGAUCCUCUCAGAUGCAUGCAUGAGCAGGGAGCUUCACAGCGAAGAGCUACUUGAUGCCCAGAUGUCUUACUCAGACCUGGAGAGAGCAGCCUUUGCAGCAGCUGAUGUUUCCUGA